AUGGUCGUUCCUCUUAGCUCAAUCCCUCCAUCUCGCAAUGGGUUUUACGCUAUCAACAACCAGUUUCUGGCAAAUGGGCCAAAAGGGUUCUCGGAGUUUAAGAUGUUGGAGAACGAAGACAUGUUUAUCCGGAUUGACCUUCCCGGAGUCCCAGAGAACGGCGUGAGAGUUACGGUUGAUCCGACAAAGAAAGCUGUCUCUGUCAUGGCCGACGCACCUAAGGAGCAUAGAUACGACUCAUCUCCUCGGAACUACGGCUCCUGCACAGGUCUCGUCUGCACAUGCUGCCAAAUCUCCGCCGUCGCCUCCCACAUGUCCGACGGUGUUCUCCGCCUUCUCGUCUCUAAGACCCGCGCUAAAACGCAAAGCCCUUCCUGCAUCGAUCCGGCGUUAACGGGUCGGGUGUUGCAGCCACACCCAUGCGUGAACCUAGGAUCGGCUAUGGCUUACGAGUCGAAGCGGCUUUCAAACGGCAGCUUGUACGUGCGUGUGGACAUGCCGGGAGUUCCUAGUGACAGGUUCACUGUCUCGGCCGAGAACGGGAGAGUGAUGGUGACUGGUGAAGCACCUGCCGUUAGCCACGACUCAGGUGGUCGGUACUACUCCGGUGACGUGGCUAUUCUCUCCGGUGCUACCAGCAUUCCGAUCCGUAAGAUCAAGGCCAUCGCCAAGAACGGUGUGAUUCGCCUCAUUAUCCCUCCCGUCUGA